AUGCUGUUGGGCAUGAUAUCGCAAGAUAAAAAAGAGAAAGAACGUUCUGAUGCUAAAAAUGCUGUUGAAGAAUAUGUUUAUGAUAUGCGUGGUAAAAUUGAUAGUGGUGAAUAUGUAAAAUAUACAGAUGAUAAACAUAAACAAAAAUUAUUACAUGAUCUACGUUCAACAGAAGGUUGGUUGUAUGAAGAGGGAGUGAAUCAAGAAAAAAAUGUUUAUGUUGAACGACUAAAAGCAUUGAAAAAUCUCGGUGAUCCAAUCAAACAUCGUUAUCAAGAAGCAAAAAAUCGUGGAUACUAUUUUCAGGAAUUUGGAAAAUCGUUGCAGCGUAUUGAUGAAGCUUUACAACAAUGGAAAGCUAGAAAUGAAAAAUAUUCACAUAUAGAACAAAGUGAUAUUGAAAAAGUACAUAAACAUCUAAAAGAAAAGGAACAGUGGUAUGAUCAAUGGAUGAAUCGUACUAGAUCACAAAAAUUGCAUGAUGACCCACAAAUAUUAUGUUCACAAAUAAAACAAGAACGUGAAGCAUUAGACAAUUUUUGUUGGUCAAUAUUAAAUAAACCAAAACCAAGAGUUGAUUUACCGAAAGAUGACGAUAAAAAAACAGAUAAUCCAAAAGAUAAAAAAUCAUCCCCAUCGAAAAAUCAAAGUCAACAUCAACAACCGCACAAAUCACAACCAUCAAUGGAAGUUGAUUAA